AUGGAGACAAUUAUGGAACCUCUUACGCCACAAACUGAGCCUAUUGUGGCACAUGAUCCUAUUGUUGAGACGGUUCCUGAUGAAAUUCCUCACGCCCCUCGAAUUCAGAAUGAGAUUGACGUAGCUCCACUCAGAAGAUCAACUAGAGAAAGACGUUCAGCUAUACCACCAGACUAUCUAGUCUACCUGGGAGAGCAUGAUUAUGACAUAGGCUAUGUUGUUGAUCUUGUGACUUAUACUGAAGCCAUCUCAUGCACGCAUGUUGCUGAUCCCCCUGGGAAAGAAACUGCUGGGGAGGCUCCUUCUGUCACGCCAAUUAUCGUCAAUCUAGAUCCUCCUCCAAAGGAAAACCCAGCACCCCGUCUAAGUGAAGAAAGUGAAAGAUGCUUGGCAAAGAUGGAGGAGCGACUGUGUGCCUUGCAAGGUUACGAGCUGAAAGGAGCUGAUAGGCUGUCUCCAUACACCAAGACGAACUUCCCUAAGAACUUCCAAGAGCCUGAGUUCACAAGAAAAUAUGACGGAACGGGAUGUCCCAAGACCCACCUUAGAUAUUACAUGAGGAAAAUGGCUCGCUACGCUGACAACGUGCCAUUUCUCAUACACACGUUUCAAGAUAGCUUGGAAGGCAUUGCACUGACGUGGUUCAUUGUCUUUGGACAUUGA